AUUGUUAGAUAAGAUACGACUCAUUUAUAUUCGGUGAGCAGUACCAGUUACAUUUGUGUACCAGAUUUUAGGGUUAAGGAAUGAGGAAAAAAGAUAGACGGCAGACUAUAAGAUGAUUUUGGAGUUGAUCAGACGUAAUUUUAAACAUUGUCGAAGGUGGUCUAGAACAUGAAACCAGUUAAAUGGUAUAUACACGGAUUUGAUUUCUGGAUUUGACCAAGAAGCAGCUGCUAUAGUCAUGGCACGCCAAGUGUCUUUCACAAAUGGAAACGGAGGCUGAAUUUGAUCCUAUCAGAUGGUUGGACAAGGCAUUGAUAAAUUUGUGUUCCUGUCUCGGAGAUUUUCAAAAAGAAACCCCAUCUUCAUUUAGUUUGUCUCCCAGGUUGUCAAUAUUCCCACAAUUUAUGUUUCACUUACGACGUUCUCAGUUUGUUCAGGUCUUCAACAACAGCCCAGACGAGACUGCUUACUCUAGAAUGAUUUUAAACCGGGAAAAUGUUACUAACUCUGUCGUCAUGGUUCAGCCUUCAUUGAUUUAUUCAUUCCAUUCUGGUCCUGAGCCUGCUCUUCUCGAUGUCGCAGCCAUUGCGGCUGACAGGGUUCUGCUUUUGGAUGCAUUUUUCACAGUCGUUAUUUUUCAUGGUUCAACCAUUGCCCAAUGGCGCAAUGUUAUCACUCAUGAUUUUCAGAUGUAUAUUUGAACACAAAUUGUGAUUAAUCAAUAUCAUAUAUUUAAAAAACCUGAAAAUCAUGUAUAAAACAUACUUUGGAUGGUUAUAAUAGAUUUCAUUUAUAUUUGAACAUGUAAAUAUCAUGGUUAAUUACAUUCAGCGGAUAAUUAAUGAGUUUUGACACUAUGCUAAUCAGCCAUGCACUAAACGUAAUUAACCACAUAUCUAGACGGUGUUAAGUUAACCAUCCAAAUUGUUGUCGUCAUAUUUGUGGGUCCAAGUAUCAUUUCUGUAAACUUUUUUCACAAUGUAUAUUUAGUAUAAAAUACCAAUCUUGGUUAGAAAUUGAGUUAAUUACUUUUAUUUGCUGCAGGUAUACUCAAGGAUAUGACCAUAAUCUUACUUUUCUGACCAUAAAGGGAGCUGGACAUACUGUUCCAGAAUACAAACCACAAGAGGCAUUGGAUUUUUAUAAACGUUUUCUGGCUGGAUCCCCAAUAUGAGAGACAGUGAUACUGCUAUGGAUAUUCCAUGAACUAUAUAGAUGAUUUGUGGGUAUAUGUAUAUGUUGACAUUAUAUUACUGCUAGAUUUAAAUGUUUCCAAAUUUUCAUGUUUGAA